UAAGUGUGCCCAUGCAACAGGCAAGUACCUUGGAAAUUUCUCAAAGUGGUCUGGGGUAGCAGUAUCACACGGGAUUGACUGAACUCAAAGACAACAAGGUGGCUUAUUAGGUGUAAAUCUACAUCUGAUGAUGGUCAAGUAUGCGACAGUACGCCAUCAUUACCUAGGAGACUCCAAGCCACCCAAGAGCGACAUCGAAAUCCAGGUCUAAAGUGUCACAACAAAGCCAGCCUUCUCCCCCACAAGCGCGCGGCAGCGAGCAGGAACACAUCUCACGUCUUAUCGAGGACAGAGCUUGUGCACGAAUACUUUACGCCGCAAGUUCAGUUGAUUGGACCUCGCGUCAGCAACUACGUCAGUCCAUGGACCCUGAAAAAGUGUCGCGUGUGACGCGAAAAUCUCCCCCACCUUUUUAACAGGGCGCCUCACCGCGCGUCAAACCACGUUUCCCACCGCGACACCUGCUGCAGCACGAGGCACAAGAGAGACCCCACGUCGCGCCACUGAACCUCGAGGCCAAACUCAGGGGCGGACCUGGAGGGGACACACGAUGUUGAUUGGAAUCUGCGGAGGCAUCUGCUCGGGCAAGAAGACGGUGGCCCAGUAUCUGGUCGAGCACCAUGGCUUCAAGCAUCUCUAUCUCGAGCAGGCCAGUCCAGCCGAGUCCCCAUCUAGCAACGACGGGUGCUCGUCACCGCCUCCACCAGAAGCCUUUGACGGCGCCCUGACAUCGAGCGCCCUCACCACCACCUCCCCCAACUCCGCGCCCAAGAACCAUACUUCGCGAUCGACCUCGUCGCUGGCACUGCACCCGCGGCCGUCGGCGGCCCCGCCGCAGCACCACACCUUUGCGUCCCCAGAGGCGCUACUCGAGUUCGUCACCAAGCGCUGGCGCAGCCGCUUCGUCACCACCGACAUCCCCACCGAGGCCGUCCUCGACGUCUUCGUGCGGCGGCCCUUCUUCCUGCUGCUGUCCGUCGAUGCGCCCCUGACGGUCCGCUAUCGGCGCUUCCAGCGGCGCGGGCAGCGGCCCGGUGACGCCGACGUGGGCCUCGAGGACUUUGUCGCGCGCAGCGACGCGCACCUGUACGACGCGCACGAGGGCUUCCAGCCGCUCAUCUCGCGCGCGUCGGUGCGGCUGCUCAACACGUCGAGCUCCCUGGCGCACCUCUACGCGACGCUCGGCAAGCUCGACAUCCCGAACCCGGACCGCCUGCGGCCCGGCUGGGACACGUACUUCAUGGCCCUUGCGUCGCUCGCCGCCCAGCGCUCCAACUGCAUGAAGCGCCGCGUCGGGUGCGUCCUCGUCGGCCGCGAGCGCCGCGUCAUCAGCACCGGCUACAACGGCACCCCGCGCGGCAUCCGCAACUGCGCCGACGGCGGCUGCCCGCGGUGCAACGACGGGAGCGGCUCUGGUGUCGGUCUCGCCACUUGUCUGUGCAUCCACGCCGAGGAGAACGCCCUGCUCGAGGCCGGCCGUGAGCGAAUCCGGGACGGCGCCGUGCUCUACUGCGACACGUGCCCCUGCCUGACCUGCAGCAUCAAGAUCUGCCAGGUCGGCAUCAGCGAGGUCGUCUACGCGCAGGGGUACAGCAUGGACAGGGAGACGGCUGCCGUCUUUAGCCAGGCGGGCGUCAAGCUGCGGCAGUUCAUCCCGGUGCGUUUAACUCUUGACCAACCUUUACCCCCCACCCCCCUCAACGCGUGCUGACCCCCGAUUGCAGCCGCCCAAUGGGCUGAUUCAUCUUGAAAAGAUGGAGUUUUACUGAUGAUACAUUGCCAUGUCGUGCAGGGAGUGUAAGCGUAAUGAGGCAUCGUUAUGUACCUAGGCCAGACGACACAUAUGCAUAGCAGGGGUGGUAUAAACCCCAGGAAUUGAGUGGCAUGAAAAUGU